CGAUAUUCAUUGGAAGAUAACAAUCAAAAUGACGUUCGUAGGUCUAAGAAAUACGAGGACUAAAGAGUAAAGAAUAUCUCUCUCUCUGAUCUACUUAGUACUUACUUAGUAGUUACUUCUCUGUCUUAUUUGAUUUUGAGUCUCUGUUUUGUCUCUUCUCUUGAGAUUGCGAUAAUGAGAGAACGGAUUAUUACAUUCGUUUCGCUGCUUCUUGUAGCUUUGCUUUCGUUUCCCAGUGUUAGCUACUGUGACGACCAAACGAUCCUGUAUGAAUCGUUUGACGAGCCUUUUGAUGGUCGCUGGGUCGUUUCAGAGAAAGCUGAAUACCAAGGUGUGUGGAAGCACGAGAAGAGUGAAGGGCAUGAUGAUUAUGGACUUCUAGUGAGUGAGAAAGCUAAGAAGUACGGAAUAGUUAAAGAGCUUGAUGUUGAUGAGCCUCUAAACCUUAACGAAGGAACUGUUGUUCUUCAAUACGAGGCUCGUUUCCAAGAAGGGCUUGAGUGUGGUGGUGCUUACUUAAAGUAUCUUCGUCCUCAAGAAGCUGGAUGGGUUCCUCAAGGGUUUGAUAAUGAUUCUCCUUACUCUAUCAUGUUUGGACCUGAUAAGUGUGGUGCUACCAACAAGGUUCAUUUCAUCUUGAAGCAUAAGAAUCCCAAGAGUGGCGAGUUUGUUGAGCACCAUCUCAAGUUCCCUCCUUCUGUUCCGUUUGACAUGCUUUCUCAUGUCUACACUGCGGUCUUGAAAUCUGAUAAUGAGGUGAGGAUUUUGGUCGAUGGUGAGGAGAAGAAGAAGGGUAAUUUACUGUCUGCUGAAGACUUUGAGCCUCCGUUGAUUCCUUCCAAGACCAUCCCUGAUCCAGAGGACAAGAAGCCAGAAGACUGGGAUGAGAGAGCCAAGAUUCCUGAUCCUAAUGCUGUGAAGCCUGAUGACUGGGAUGAGGAUGCACCCAUGGAGAUUGAAGAUGAGGAAGCUGAGAAACCCGAAGGAUGGUUGGAUGAUGAGCCUGUAGAGGUUGAAGACCCCGAGGCAAGCAAGCCAGAAGAUUGGGAUGACGAGGAAGAUGGUGAGUGGGAGGCUCCUAAGGUUUCCAACACCAAGUGUGAGGCAGCACCCGGAUGUGGCGAAUGGAAGAGACCGAUGAAGAGGAACCCUGCUUACAAGGGCAAAUGGAGCUCACCUCUCAUAGAUAACCCAGCUUACAAGGGAAUCUGGAAACCAAGAGACAUUCCAAAUCCUGAUUAUUUUGAGCUUGAGAGGCCGAAUUUGGAGCCCAUUGCUGCCAUUGGUAUUGAGAUAUGGACAAUGCAAGACGGUAUCUUAUUUGACAACAUCUUGAUAUCUAAAGACGAGAAGGUUGCUGAAACUUACAGACAAAGCACUUGGAAGCCCAAGUUUGAUGUGGAGAAAGAGAAACAAAAGGCAGAGGAUGAAGCUGCUGGUGAGGCAGAUGGUCUCAAGAGUUACCAGAAGAAGGUGUUCGACCUCUUGUACAAGGUUGCAGACAUUUCUUUCCUUAGUGCGUACAAGUCAAAGAUUAUGGAACUUAUUGAGAAAGCUGAAACACAGCCAAACUUAACCAUCGGUGUGCUCAUUUCCAUCGUGAUCGUCUUCCUCUCUCUCUUCUUCAAGCUCAUAUUUGGUGGUGCAAAGGCUAAGGUAGAAAAGAAGAAACCGGAAACAGCUGCAGAGACCUCGACAAGCGAGGCAAAGACAGAGGAGAAAGCAGAAGCGGUGGCUGCACCACGAAAGAGGCAGACGAGGCGUGAGAGUUAGAUAAAAAGAGGAUUAGAUUUUGAUUUUUGGGGCUUUUUGUUUUGAUUUAUCACCGUAUAGACAAACAGUAGUGGACCUGAUAUUAAGACGAUUAUUGUAACAUGUUUUUUUUGUAUGCUUUUAGUUUCACAUGAAUCUGAAUGUGGAUCACAACAUUUAUGAGUUGAAAUUUGAUAAGUAAUGGGUUGUGUACAUCACAUGCAUCAGCAUUAUCAGUUUAUCGUCUUUAGCUCGAGUGUUUACAACAAAAUCUUAGCUUCGAGAUUUAGACUUCUCUACCAAAGGGUCUUGAUAGCCAUGGCACGAGACUCGUAUGAUAUACUAACCACAGUUAGGUCUGUUUGCAGAAUGGAUUCUUUGACAGAGCACGAGCUUCAGCAGCCAG